GUCGCAAAUGUUGGCGGCAAAGAGGAAGUGACGUAAUACACAUGCGCGCGAUUAGGGCGUGGUUAGGGAAAGGGGAUCGGGGACUGACAUCGGGGACUGACAAAGCGCUCAGGCAGGGAGCCAUCGGUCGACAAUAAUUACUCCUGGUCAAACGCCUUUCCACAGAAACAAAAGAUGCCAGCAAAUACAAAGAACCCUUUUCAGCAUUUAAUUGAAUCUCUCAACCCUAAUGACCCACAGCAGCAGUUUUUCAACCUAUCAAAGCUCAAAGAUCAAAGAUAUGAUCGCCUGCCGUUCUCCAUCCGGGUGCUGUUGGAGUCUGCAGUCAGGAACUGCGACGAGUUUCUGGUGAAGCGCUCAGAUGUAGAGAACAUCCUGAACUGGAAGCAAACACAGACUCAGACUGUGGAGGUACCCUUCAGACCUGCUCGGGUAAUCCUUCAAGACUUCACAGGCGUUCCUGCUGUGGUGGAUUUUGCUGCCAUGCGAGAUGCAGUCAUGAAAUUAGGCGGCGAUCCAGAAAAGAUAAAUCCUGUUUGCCCUGCAGACCUAGUCAUUGAUCAUUCUAUCCAAGUGGACUUCAACAGGAAGUCUGACAGCCUUCAGAAGAACCAGGACUUGGAGUUUGACCGCAACAAAGAAAGAUUCCAGUUUUUAAAAUGGGGCUCAAAAGCUUUCAAGAACAUGCGGAUCAUUCCUCCUGGUUCAGGAAUUGUUCACCAGGUCAACUUGGAGUAUUUGGCACGGGUAGUGUUCAACCACAACGGCUUUCUCUACCCUGACAGUCUGGUGGGCACAGACUCCCACACCACCAUGAUUGAUGGCCUGGGUGUUCUUGGCUGGGGCGUUGGUGGGAUUGAGGCAGAAGCGGUCAUGCUGGGACAGCCAAUCAGCAUGGUUCUUCCAGAGGUGGUAGGAUACAAGCUGCAUGGCACCCCAGACAAGUUUAUCACCUCCACUGACAUCGUCCUCACAGUUACAAAGCACCUUCGCCAAGUGGGCGUGGUAGGGAAGUUUGUUGAGUUCUUUGGAUCAGGUGUAGCCCAGCUAUCCAUCGCUGACCGAGCCACCAUCGCCAACAUGUGUCCAGAGUAUGGAGCCACAGCGGCGUUCUUCCCAGUGGACGUCAUCAGUGUUAAAUACCUGGAGCAGACAGGACGAGAGCCGCAGACUCUGGCCUACAUCGAAAACUACCUGAAGGCUGUGGCCAUGUUCAGAAACUACAAUGAUGCCACCCAGGAUCCAGAUUUCACUCAUAUAGUAGAGUUGGAUCUCAGCACAGUGGUUCCAUGUUGCAGUGGUCCCAAACGGCCUCAGGACAGAAUUCCUGUCUCUGACAUGAAAAAAGACUUUGAAUGCUGCCUGGGAGCAAAGCAUGGAUUCAAGGGUUUUCAGGUACCUCCUGAACGUCACAGCACUACCGUCCCUUUUCACUUCAGUGGUAAAGAAUACACGCUGAGCCACGGCUCUGUGGUCAUUGCAGCAAUCACCAGCUGCACCAACACCAGCAACCCAUCUGUCAUGCUUGGAGCAGGACUUCUGGCUAAGAAAGCCAUUGAACAUGGACUGAGUGUGAAACCGUACAUCAAAACAAGCCUUUCGCCCGGCAGCGGAGUGGUAACCUAUUAUCUGAAGGAGAGCAGCGUCUUGGACUACCUCUCUCAGCUGGGCUUUGAAGUAGUUGGCUACGGUUGCAUGACGUGUAUCGGCAACAGCGGGCCGCUGGCCCAGCAGGUGGUAGAGGCUAUAACCCAGGGGGACCUGAUAGCUGCUGGCAUUCUGUCAGGGAACAGGAACUUUGAGGGUCGAGUCCAUCCCAACACCAGAGCAAAUUACCUGGCUUCUCCACCGCUUGUCAUUGCUUAUGCGAUUGCUGGGACUGUGAGGAUCGACUUUGAAACUGAGCCCAUUGCCAUUAACUGUGACGGUAGGGAGGUCUAUUUGAGGGACAUUUGGCCAACACGUGAGGAGAUCCAGGCUGUGGAAAAAGCUUUUGUUGUUCCUUCCAUGUUCAGAGAAGUCUAUGAGAAGAUUGAGAAAGUGAACGAACGUUGGAACACUCUGGAUGCUCCUUCUGACAAGCUGUACACCUGGGAUCCUAAAUCAACUUACAUCAAGUCUCCACCGUUUUUUGAGGGUUUGACCAUGAAGCUGCAGCCUCCUCAGUCCAUAAAGGAUGCAUAUGUCCUGCUAAACUUGGGAGACUCAGUCACCACCGAUCACAUCUCUCCUGCUGGAAACAUUGCCAGGAACAGUUCAGCGGCACGUUACCUCACGGACAGAGGUUUGACCCCUCGAGACUACAACUCUUACGGCUCACGUCGAGGAAAUGAUGCAGUGAUGGCCAGGGGAACAUUUGCAAACAUCCGCCUCUACAACAAGUUCCUCGGCAAGCAGGCGCCACAGACCCUCCACCUGCCGAGUGGAGAAACGCUGGAUGUGUUUGAUGCUGCAGAGAGGUACCGGCGAUCCAGUGAGCCGCUAUUGGUUCUGGCAGGGAAAGAGUAUGGCUCAGGGAGCUCCAGAGACUGGGCAGCUAAGGGCCCAUUUCUGCUGGGAAUCAAGGCAGUUUUGGCUGAGAGCUAUGAGAGGAUCCACCGCAGCAACCUUGUGGGAAUGGGAGUAAUUCCUCUGGAGUUUCUCCCAGGAGACUCUGCAGACAGCCUGGGACUGACGGGGAAGGAGCGCUACACCAUCACCAUCCCAGAGCAGCUAACACCCAGGAUGCUGGUGGAUGUGAAGCUGGACUCUGGGCAAACUUUCCAAGUGCGCAUGAGAUUUGACACAGACGUGGAGCUUACCUACUUCCACCAUGGAGGAAUCCUUAACUACAUGAUACGCAAGAUGUUAUGAAACUAAACCCAUCAUUCAUUCAGAAAACAACUGACAAAACCCUUUCUAAAAGGAUUAUUUUCCAUAAAUGCUGCAGAAAUGGAAAACGGUUUCUGACCAGUAACACAGAUUACUGUUUGUCUUUAGAAUUAUACCCUGAGCUAAAUUUGGAAUGUAAGAUAGAAAACACUUCAACUGAAGGAAGCUGCCAAUUUUGUUGUUCAAUGGAGUCCUUUUCAUAAGGUUUAACAAAAUGCACUUGUUUCACCUGCAGAUGGGAACAAUGCACUUACUAAUCCAGAUAAGGAGCAGCUUGUCAGUCAGUCAGUCAGUCAGUCAGUCUGGCUGUUGUCAGCACAACAAGGAUAGCUACACUAAGCAAUCCACAACAUAAUAUAAUGCCAUAUGGCGAGCCAUACAAGGAAAGAGUGGGAGGUGGACCAAAUGUUGGCUGUUCAGAAUUGUGUCAGAGAUGCUAAAUUGACUUUUCCUUUGAAAAUGUGAUUAGCAUUCCAGCAGUGGAAUGUUCUAUGCAGCCGCUGUACCUCUGACUUUGAUUGCCUUGUUGACGCUGUGUAAGGACUUGCUGCUACUGUGCUUUUUUUUUUUUUUGGCUUUACUGCAACAAGAAAAUGUGAACCAGAAAUAACUGAUUCAAUAAAUAAAAGCUGGAUUGAUGAGCUGGA